AUGCCGACGCACAUCUUUUCUCCAGAGGAUGAACUCGCGUCCGUCCCUGUGAAGCCUCAGAAAGGUGGCGAAACAUCCCAGCGAUGCGUUAACAGCUCCGACUUCACCGCUGUGCGACCGCUUCAGUGGAAUGUUGGCGCUUUCUGUGGGAUGGAUGCUGCAGACUGUUUUGGAGUUCCUCUUUGGGGCAGCGUUGCCUCGGAGACGACUAAAUGUUCAUCUCAUGUCUUUCUCUCGUCUCAGAUCGAGGAUGGAGGGAAAGCCGCCCAGUGCAAGAAGCUGAAGGUGGGCGAUGAGCUCAUUAACAUAAAUGGCUCCACCCUCUACGGCAGCAGACAGGAGGCCCUCAUCCUCAUCAAGGGAUCGUACCGAAUGCUGAAGCUCACGAUCAGGAGGCGCAGCGUUCCUCUCAUCAGACCUCACUCGUGGCACCUGGCAAAGCUGUCCGAACCUCCCCUUCCUCCCCCACCUCCUCCUCCCCCCUCUCCGCCAUGCCUGCCUUCUGAUGACUCCCCUCCUCUUCCCCCGCCUCCCCCUCCGCCUGCCAUGCAGCUCCACCCUGGUCCCUACACUCUGCCCUGGCACACGACUGACAACAGUGACUUGUCCAUGCAGUGGGAUCAGUUGUCGAGACCUUACUCUUCUACCGACCAAAGCAGUUCUCUAGGCUCCAUGGAGAGUUUGGACACACCCACACCCAGUACGCAGCCCUACUCCGACAACCAGAAUUCACCUGUUGACCCCGCCAUCUUCAACAACAAGAGAGACUCCGCCUACAGCUCCUUUUCCGCGAGCUCAAACACUUCUGACUAUGCGACAGUGCCACUAAAGCCCGGUGAAGACGGUUCAAUGGACAACUUGCUUCAUAACCUUGGGCCAGGUCUUCAAGGCUACCCCAGUGGUAAUGCCCCGAUUUCAUCUGGUGAGGUUUUAGAGGCUCAGCAGUUUGUCCUGAAAUCCAGGUCGCUAACCAGGCCGAGACCAAGACCCGUUGAGGUAAAAGAAAGACCUUCAUCCUGUUGCUAUGAGGAAGAGAGGCGAGGAGGAGAUUUUGAAAUGGUAACAAAUGGAGGAGGAGAAGAAAGGAAGUCAAGUCCUCCUCAGCCUCCUGCUAGAAAGGACAGUUUCAGGGCAACCCAGAUUUGCCCUCACACUGCUAACAAACGUUGUUUCUCUGCUCCAGUAGAAACUUCCACUAUUUCCUGUUACUGUGACAAUGAGAAACCCUCUUUAACUCCCGAGUCAGGAACUCAUAAUGGCUUGCCUGAGUCGAGAGUUGGUGAUGAAACUCAAAAUUUCAAAGAGGAUAACUUGGACUCAAACUGUAUCCAAAAUCACACUGAAGAACUUAGACCGAUCAAUAAUGGUGAAGAUUCCAAAUCAGAGAACACCUCAGAUCACUGUCACCUCCCCGACCCAGCGAGGGCUUCCACAGACCCCGAUACCUGUUCUAGUUCUGGCUCCUUACUGGCAGAGCACUCAGCUGAGGACCAAGGACAAUCUCACAUCGUGCAUUCCUACACUAUGCGUUCUUCUGCACGACUGCACCGGCACAGUGCUCCUGAGAAGCUCUUUGCUACGCAGCUACAGCUGUUGCAGUUGAACGAUGGUAACGCAUCACUGGAACCUUAUAAUCCUUCAAAACCUUUAGAUUCAUCAUUGCUCCCUUGUGGUGGAAAGUGGUCCUGUUCACCUCUCCACCCCAUGACAGAAGACGCCAAUGCUGGACUCUGUGCACAAGAUGUUUCUCACAAUGACACUUGUGCUUCAUUGAGCAAAUAUAACAACAGCUGCUUCUUGACCCCAGAAACCAAGAGUUUAGUUGGGGAAAGUGAUAGCGGAGAAAAAGGUGAGCGGAUCGAAGUAGUUAAAAGAGUAAAUGGAAGGUCUCUGUCGCCUCUCCAGCAUCACCACCUUUGGAGUCGCUCUGUGAGUGUACCAGGGGACCCUACUGCAUCAUUGGGGUCUGAUCAGACAAUUGAGAAACAUUUUGAACCUAUCACUGCUGCUGCCAGUGUGGAUACUUUACUGGACAGUCCGAGAGACCUGGGAAGAGGGGAAAGUGGAGGAAAAGAACGGGAUAUAGAUGAGGUAGCCUCGAAGACGUCAGUCUCAUCAAAACACCAUCGACGGAACCGGCGCCGCAGUGAACGAUUUGCUACUAACCUCCGAAAUGAAAUCCAGAGGAAAAAAGCCCAGCUUCAGAAGAGCCGUACUCCAGGAGGUUUGCUGUGUAGCGGGGAGACAGUUCGGGAGGAAGAGGGUUCGGACCUCCAAGAGGAGGGGGGACAUCCAGACCUACGAGCACAGGAAACAAGCAUUAAAGUUGCAUUACCAUUGCCCAUUAGUCCAUUAGAUGACCCGAUUUCAGAAGUUGGUGAAAAAUCAAACUCCUCAAAUGAAUCAGCCCACAAAGUCUUGACGAUUCAACCCAACAUAUCCAGGUCUGUCCAGAUUCUAGACCCGGGUGUUCCCAGUUUUGGUGUUGGCGUCAGAGUUGUGGAAGAACCAGCACCUGUUGGCAAAGCCCGUCGCUGGCGUUGGACCCCUGAGCAUAAACUCCAGCCUGAAACAGACAGGUGUGAGGUUUUGGAUGAGAGGGUGUUGGGUACCACCGGCUCCCGUCACGGGGUUUGUGCCUUCACCACAACAAACUCUUCCUACCUUUGCUCCUCUUCCUGUUCUCGUGCUGAAGAGACUGACAUUCUCCCAUUUGCAGACAGAAAGAAGUUUUUUGAGGAGACGAGUAAAGGUUCAUCCGUGUCUACUCUUUCUGGGCUUUCGAGUUGCAGGCAGAAGAAUCCAGUCAACCAUUCCGAGGACCAGGAAGAAGAGUUCGGCAAGCACCAACCCCAAAGGAGAUACUCCUACCAGGGAUUAUUUCAGCAAGAAACUCCUCUGCUUCCCAACACUGUGGAAAUCAGGCAGCGGUCUGUGAGCACUACCGGGAAGUUGGAGAAAGAGAAAGACGGUGAACGGGUGAAGGAUCAGGAGAUGGAAGAGCGAAUGAGAUGGAGAGAGAGGGAAGAAAGAGAUUUGGAGAUGGAAAGAGCAAAGUUAAGGGAACGAGAAGAAAGAGUCAGGCAGUGGGAAAUGCAAAGGGAGCAAGAGCUGGAGUUGGAAAGAGAGCGGGAGCAACUGAAAAAAGAAAAACAGCCCGAGAGAGCAACACAUGAUCUGGGCGCCUCACAUCAGGAGUUCUACAGCAGUUCUGACAUCAAAGAAAAACAUCAAGCGUUCCAGACCAAGUCUCAGGUGUUCUCCCAGAGUCGAAACCCUCCACCUGGCUUUUAUCCGAUUAAUACCCCGUCGCAGAUUCUGGAGACCCAACAACCGUUGCUUCAGGGAUACCCAGCAAGGAGCUAUACACCUACUGAGAUGUGUCCAGGCCGGCAACUGGAAGUGACCAACCUCAGCAGGAAGUACAGUCUGACUGAGAGGGAUCCCCCAAACUGGAGGAGGCAGGACUCCAGACCACAAGAGAGCGCUAAUCUGCAUCAACAGCACCCCCACCAGGAUCAGUGGGGUAACAGACAGAUGAACAGCAGCAGUGACCGGAAUGGAUUUACCCCACCGCCGGCUCCGCUCUUGCUACGAGGACGAGCUAUGUCAGAAAACGACCUCCGUUUCAGUAGCAGCUGCCGUUGGCCGCAAGCCGCUUCUGUGUCCACGAGUCAGACCCUGAAGGAGGUGGAGGAAGGAGCAGGUGGCGUCAGAGAAGGUGAAGCCAAGUCCAGCAGGAAGAAGAUGCCGCCUCCCCCGAGACCACCACCACCAAAGUGGGAGAAUUUGCAUCGCCGGCGUGCAUCUCACCAUACGUGCAUCUCACCGUUCUAUGCUUCUUCUUCUUCUACUCCUCACCACACCACUGAAGAAACGCCCCCCACUCACCCGUCCUCAUCAUUUCCUCCCCCUGACGUGUCGCGGCAGAGAUCCUACAGCCUCCCCCCACAACCACGGCAACUCUCAGAAAGUUGCUCAUGUUCCCGCCAGAAACAGAAGCAGGAACACGCCAUUUGCAUCACACCACCCAAUCAGAACCAGCCUGAAAUGCAGGAACGGUCCUUUUCCCACGUCUUACCCAAUCAGAAUGAAAUUUACCAUCAAGAACGCCAGUUUUCCAUUGCCCCGCCGAGUCCUAUGUGUUCUAGACGGGCUUUCAAGCCAGUGGCUCCACCCCAGCGAGAGACGGACAUCGACCUGAAGAGCACAUAUAGCAGACAGCGUGAGACGGUGGAUGUCUUAUGUGUACCUCCACCGUUACCAGCAGAGACGAACGUGAGCAGUUUAGCCGAUGUGGCCGCGAGCUGCAGCUCCAACCAAGACAGAGCAACAGUGGUGAAACGGCAAACCAGCACCAGGUCGGGAGCAGAGUGGGAGAGGGUCCCAUCUCCCAGGGUUCAUAGCGACCCGGUGCUCAGUCCAGUUUUAGAAAGUGGAGGCGUUUUAUCUCCUGAAGCCUAUUUCGCCAUGAACUAUGACCAGCAGCUCCGUUUGGGUCAAGGCUUGCGUGACUUUUCCAACACCACCUUCAUUGUGGAAGAGAACAAGACUUUGGAGCCGGGACCUGAAUCGCAGGAGACCCUCAGUACAAGUCCGGCGCACAGCUUGGAGGCAGAACUGGACGUCCCCUUGGAAACGGACAUCGAUGAUUUCCAGGAUGAUGAGGGGCUUCCAGUAGAUGAUCCGCCAAUCACCAGUGAACUCCCGUGUUUUGCAUUGCCUGUCACAGUGCUAGAGACGGACAUUGACACUUUGUAUGAAUCUGAGGGGCCGCCGUCAGGCAGGAGGAAGACGGAGAGCGAGUCGCUGGAGGAGGAGCUGGGGACGGGUGAGAGCAGCAGGGAGGCCAUGAGCCUGGAGGAGCUGGACCCCCAAAGCAGCGAGGGAGAAUCAGGCACGGAGAGCUGGAGAGGAGCCGACCCCAGCGUGGAGCACAACAUGGACAGCUUGGAAAGGCGCUCUGGCGCGAGCUCCAGCUGUUCUUCAUAUUACAGCACGUCGGCGGCCAGAGCUCAGCUGCUGUCUCACGUGAAGGGCUUCGCCGAUAGCAGGGACGAGGACAGCGAGCUGACCUAUAAGAAGCAGCUGAUGGAGAGCCUCCGUAAGAAGCUGGGAGUGCUGAGAGAGGCUCAGCGCGGCCUGCAGGACGACAUCAGAGCCAACGCGCAGCUCGGCGAGGAGGUGGAGAAGAUGGUGGUGGCGGUGUGCAGGCCCAACGAGGUGGACAAAUUCCGCAUGUUUGUGGGCGACCUGGAUAAGGUGGUCAGCCUGCUGGUGUCGCUGUCGGCGAGGCUGCUGAGGGUGGAGACCACGUUGGACACACUGGACCCAGAGACGGAGCAUCACGAGAGGCUCCCCCUGCUGGAGAAGAAACACCAGCUCAUGAGGCAGCUGUCAGAGGCUCAGGACUUGAAGGACCACGUGGACCGCAGAGAGCAGGCCGUCAGCCGGGUGCUGGCCCGCGGCCUGUCCGCCGAGCAGCACCGAGACUACAGCCACUUUGUGAAGAUGAAGGCGGCUCUGCUGGUGGAGCAGCGACAGCUGGAGGACAAGAUCCGUCUGGGAGAAGAACAACUGAGGGGCCUGAGGGAGAGUCUGGGACUGGGACUAGGACUGGGACUGGGAAUGCUGAUGGGAUACGGACACUAUUAGAAAAUAAGAGAGUUGAAGACAAAAAAGGGGGGAGGGAAGAUCAGAACCCAGUGAGUCCGGCUCGGUAAAAUAACGCAGACGAUGGUGAUGGACAAAACCAAAGAGACAGAGUUCUUCUUCAUCUCCAGUUUGGACGAUAGUUCUGAGUAGGAUCGUCUGUUUAUUAUUGAAACCUCGUUAGUGAAGAAGAGCUUGUUUUAAAGUGAAAGUGGAACGAAGGUUCAAAGUGUGGACUUUUCACAUCGACACCUUCUUGCUGCUUUCCUUCUUUCUUUCUUUCUUUUUUUAAUACCGAGCUUUAGCUUUUUGGACUCCGGCGUUGGAUUGUGUUGCUGAAACUUGUACUGUAAAAACUGUCAGGCAGUUUGUUUUUAUUUUUUUUAUUUUAUUUUAUUUCACACUACGUUGCCAAAGAUGUUAUUAAUGUCGCUUGAUGAAUGUCGCUGUGACGCUGCUUUUUGUUUUAUUAUUUUAUCUCCUCAUUCUGUGAAUCAUAGGAGACUUUUUCAGUUCUUCACACUAAGACGAUGUAUUCUCAUUAACUUCUUUGUCAGUAUUUUUGAAAAAUGCCUUUUCAGAAUAAGAGUUGCCAUGUUUGUUUGCAUUCAGUAAAAUCUAUGCGAUAUUUUCAGUGUGCCAGUGUUACUUGUGGUUGUAAAGUGGGACGUUUGAAACGCCACUGACCCUUUGUGUCACGUAAUGACAUUUUUGUUUUUUUGUUUUUUUUUGCACAGAAGACACAUGUUCAUAGUGUGUACGUUGUGUGUGUGUGUGUGUGUGUAUGUAUGUAUAAAGUGAAGUUGCAACAGGAAGGCCUGGAAGAGUCGUCGUUUACUGUAUAUUUUGAAGUUGUAUCCAAACAGAUUCGCAGUUUACAUCUUUUUUUUUUGUUUGCUUGUUCAAGCAUCUGGUGAACAAAAUUAAAUGUACGUCAAAGCUA